GCUCAAAGUCAGAAAAUGAGAUACAAGACUUCCUUGGUGAUGAGGAAAAGAUUACGGCUUUACCGAAACUCCCUAAAAGAGUCUAGUAGCAGCUCCGGACACCAUGGCCCCCAGCUUGCUGCCGCCUCCAGCCCCUCGGUGUUCCCGGGCCUUCAAGAGCAGCCACCGCAGGCCUCCCCCAGCGGCACUUUGAACGGACUCCUGCGUCUGGGGCUCCCUGGAGACAUGUACGCGCGGCCCGAACCCUUUACGCCGGGACCGGUGGCCCGCAGCGACGCCCUGGCAGCUGCCGCGGCCCUGCACGGCUACGGGGGCAUGAACCUGACCGUGAACCUCACGGCGCCCCACGGUCCCGGUGCCUUCUUCCGCUACAUGCGCCAGCCGAUCAAACAGGAGCUCAUCUGCAAGUGGCUGGCAGCCGAUAGCCCCGCGCCCCCGCGCCUCUGCUCCAAAACUUUCAGCACCAUGCACGAGCUGGUCACGCACGUCACCGUGGAACACGUCGGCGGCCCGGAGCAGGCCAACCACAUCUGCUUCUGGGAGGAGUGUCCGCGCCAGGGCAAGCCCUUUAAAGCCAAAUACAAACUUGUAAAUCACAUCCGCGUGCACACGGGCGAGAAGCCCUUCCCCUGUCCUUUCCCGGGGUGUGGGAAGGUGUUUGCUAGAUCAGAAAAUCUCAAAAUACACAAAAGAACUCACACAGGGGAGAAGCCCUUCAGGUGCGAGUUCGAGGGCUGCGAGCGGCGCUUCGCCAACAGCAGCGACCGCAAGAAGCACUCGCACGUGCACACGAGCGACAAGCCAUACACGUGCAAAGUGCGCGGCUGCGACAAGUGCUACACGCACCCCAGUUCUCUGCGUAAGCACAUGAAGGUGCAUGGGCGCUCGCCGCCGCCGCCUAGCUCUGGCUACGACUCGGCCACGCCGUCUGCCCUGGUGUCGCCCUCAUCGGACUUCGGCCGCGACCCGCCGGUGGCCUCCUCGGCGGCGGUGGCGGCGCGUGGCGCCGACCUGAGUGAAUGGUACGUGUGUCAGGGCGCGGGCCCC